AUGAAGAAAAAUAUCAAAAUCGAUACAGCCAAACGCCUUCACUGGAUAAUCAAUAUACUUUAUUUGAGCGAACAAAUGAAAAAAAAUCGUGAUCAAGAUAGUUCAACUGAAAGUGAUUCUGCUUCAAGCUCUCCUGCCAGACUUGAAUCAGUAAAGUACAGCUCGAUAAUGAAGUCGGCUGAAAAAGAAGACUUUAAUAUUGAGCAUAAGAUUAGUGUUUCUCAAGAAAAAAUAGGCCCGCCAAUGCUAGAUCUGCAAGAAGAAAGCAAGCUUGUAGACUUGAAUCAAGCUAAUUCAAGCCAAAGUCAAAUACACAUAUCUGAAGGAAAUAGAAUAUCAACACCUCUACAAUCUUCAAUUUGCCAUGAUAUUGGAAUUCAAACUGAUCCAAUUAACUCACUAAAUUCAGAAAAAAUAGUUAGAAGAAGUGGAAGAUUGGCUGCCAAAAAGGAUCAAAAAGCUCCUUUAUCUUUGAAGAGAAAGCUGAAAAAUCCGAAAAAUCCAAAUCCCAAAAGAAUUAAAUCAUUAUUAUUAUUAUUAUUAUUAAUUAUAUAUAACGUUAAACGUCCAAUAUGGGGUCUCCCUAUUCAGGGAUAUCACCAUAUUUACACACGUGUCGGGGCCCACGAACCGCUGGACCCGAUCCGCUUUGAUUAGGGCGCAGGACAAAUAGAUACCACCAGCUUCGACGGGCUUCGCUGCUGCCCUCAGCUUUUUUCGACUCAGCUCCAGCACGUGUUCCGCCUAAGGGUGACCUUCCUCGGGUGUGCUGAGAGGUAAAAAUCUGAGCCUCUUGAUCGCACUGGAGAGCAGUUCCUCUGGUUAUCCCAGAGUCAAACUGCUAUUGCUGUGCAGAAGUUCUCGAGAUAAAACCCAACCCCAUAAAUAAAAUUGCUUGAGGGAGAGAAAAUUAGCGAAGCUAAUUUCACUCGAAUCGAAUGCCAUUUUAUUUAUCCAAAAGAAUUAAAUCAAAUGAAAAUAUGUAA